AUGAAUCCGAGAUCUGUUUUUUCAAUAAGGAUUGAUUCGCUAUCCGAUCCUCUAGCGAAUUUAUGCCAAUCUGUAAUUGCGGCAUGCAAUGACGGCAGUGAAAUCUCGGUACAACAACAAAUUGCAAUUUUUAAACAAGUCAUAGUUAAAGAAGAAAACUUAGUUCGCGUGCUAUCAUCAUGUGCUAAGAUAGGAGCUCAAAGUCCGUUACAAAGUAUUGAACAAUUCAGUCAAGUAGUUCCACCAAUUUCGAUUACUCAAACUGAAGCACCAGAGCAUCACCCAGAACAUAGAAUGAUAUACAUUGAUAGACUUCCAAAGCAAAACUGGGGAAAAAUGUACUUUAAUAUCUGUCUUUACUUUGUUUCAGAUUUAGUUACAGCAUUUUUCAUAGAAAAGCUUUCCGAAAACAUGAUAAACGUAACCAAAUCGGAUGUAGUCGAAUUUAUCAAUACAAUUAUACGAAAUUUCUUUACUUGUUCUCAAGAUUCAUAUAUCAUCGCAAUUAAAGAAAUAAAUUCAAAGUAUUAUCGACGCGCAUUUGGCCUAAUGUCAAAAUUUGCUCCAGAUGAUGUUGCUGAUUUACUCCAAAACACCUUUAUGAACGUAAAUGAACUCGGAAGUUAUUAUCAAAUUGUUGUCAACUAUUUUAGCGAUUGCGUGUUUAGCUUCGAAAGUUACCUCGAUGCUAAAGAGCUUUUGGAUAAAAUCGUUCAAGUUUACAAAGAAAAAACUGUUCAUAAGCAAAGAACAUCAAUUAUGAACACAGGCUUAUUCAUUUACAACUAUUUAGGCAAUACAUUCUCUAAAUUCCAAGAAAGUCUUACAGAUCCUUACAUUUUUGGCUUGAUAUCAGAUUGUAUGACAUGGGUUAACUCGAAACAACUAAACGUACACUGUUUCGAGAUCAUGGCCCUCAUCAACAGCUUUAUGACCAUUAAUUCGAACACUUCUGUCAAAGAAUUUGGAGCUCAACAUAUAUUUUCUUAUUUAUCAGACGGAAAGCAAACAGAUGGUCAGAUAUUAGAUGCUCUAUCCAUAAUGCUUCGUGGAGCUCAUUAUUCUACACGAGCUCUCCAAGAAACAACAAAAUCAAAUUAUGAGCACCAUAUUUCGGACACAAGUACGAUUGAGAACAUCUUUGGCUACGCCGUAAGCCAUAUUGACAUUUUCGACACUUGCCAGACCAAUUUGGCCAGUUUUAUCGUCCAAAUUGCCGCAUCUGACUUUGACUUGUUUGUUCACAAGUUUUUAGAGAAACUAACAACACCUGAGAUCAUAUCCUUCGCAACCUGUGCAUUAUCCAAAGCUUUCUUCGUAAUAUUAGAUCCGACAUCCGGAUUUGCCGAGAAAGCGUUCAAUUUCACAAAGGAACUAUUAGAUAAAGUCAGAAUCAGUGCUUCCCUGCUCUUGGACACCCAAUUAUCCAAGAACAUCACUGACAAACCAACGAAUUUCGCCUACGAACCGUUAUCCUUCUCAAAUGAGCUCCGAAAUCGAUACACGAUCGAGACACAAAUCUCGACAUAUGUCUACAGGCUUCUUGGCGUCUUUACAGUUAACAUGAGACCGAAAUCAGUUUUUCCUAAGCACACUAAAGAGAAUCAGAAGUGGAAAGACGAACUAACUAAAGAACACGGUGUCCAAACAUGGCCUGUCUACGACAAGAACACAAUAAGAGAGGAAAUACACUCAAUACAAACAGAUGAAAACAAUUUGAUGAUUAAUUUAUUGAGAUUAAGUCCAAUGAUUGUUGACAAUUUCUCAAUAUUAAAUCAUGUCAUCAAAUUCAUCUGUAAUGAGGAUUCUUCAAUAGGAGCAAUGGCUGUUGUUGCUGUUCAAGCUGCUCUCCAUUUAAAUCCAAAAUUUGCCUCUCAAAUUUUUGAAACCGUUGACAAAUAUUAUUCAAUUCCAAACAUCACUUCACCUCACCUCUUUAUAUUAUUAAAAUUUUUCCAUUGUAUUAUUGAUACGAUUACUAUGGAGAGAUUGGAGAUAACUAAAGAGAUGAACACUAUUUUAAUUAAGUACAUUUUAUUGGGAUUAUGUUCUGAUGCAUUAGAAAUAAGAAAUGCAGCAUUUCAAUGUUCCCAAAAUUAUCCUGUUUAUUUGCAAGCUAAGAAUGAAAUAUUUGUAUUGUAUGACAUGAUACAAAAGAAUGAAGUGCAGAUAGGAAUGACAGCAAAACUAAAUGCAUUGAGUAGUUUGUGUCCAAACAAAAGAGAUUUGAUUCAAAGUUUUGAUUCAAUUCCGUUUACUAAUUUGUUUUUGGCAUUUGACCAAACAUUUUAUCCGUUUUGGAUAUCAGCAUUGGGUAAUCUUAUUGGUGAAACAAAAGAAGACUUCAUACCUGAAAUACAUAAAUAUUAUUCCGAAGUUCUUUUGAAUAAUAACUCAUUGUCAAAUCAAACUUUAAUUAAUUUGUGUUCACUUCACUUUUCAUUAUCAAUUGGCGGAACACAGACGGAAAACAUCUCAAAGAUUACUACUAAUUUAUUGCAGAACUUCUCAAAGAAUGUAAAGAACAGGGACUGCAAUUUAUGCGCUGUUAUGAGCUCCUGUAAUCCAAUAAUUUCUAAUGAUGUCGUCAUUGCAAUAAAUUCUGAAUUAAACACGAUUUCGGAAAAAAUGGUUUUGAUUCACGUUUUGUUCUACUUGCUAAGCAAAAUGUCUGAGAAACCAAGCUUCAUCGCCAAGCAGACAUCAGGAGAAAAGUUCUCACAGCCACUACAAGAAUCAAUUUAUUUCUUGGAAAAUUAUUUGAUAACAAAUAAAUUUGUGUCAAAAAAUCUUGAAUUCAAUUUUGACAGAAAUGAACUGUCAAAACCGCAAAACUACUUAUUGCAGUGUGCAAUUCAUGACAUGAGUAUUUGUUUAAGACAUUUAUUUGAUGAAAUCACACAACAGAACAUCUGUAAUUUGCAUGGACCAUUUCCUUUGUCAAAAAGUGUUUCAAACACUUAUUCCCAUUCUUCUGGCACGAUGUUGACGUUUUUGGUCUUUAUUUCUUUGAGUUCAUGUGAUGAUACAUUUAUAUUCAAUGAUGCAGUGCUCAACUGCUUCAGUUCCCUUUGUUCUGUCGCAAAUAUUCCUGAUGCAUAUUUCACAGUUGUUUCUGACAAUUUGACAAAAAUAAAAAGUGUCAAAUUGAAGACAAAUUUACUUAGAAGAUACUUCAGUAAUCUUAUUACACAAUACAUUGACUAUUCCUGCUUAGACAGUUCGUUUUUCCACGCAAUUUGUCUCCAAUUUACAGGUGACCAAAAAUUCAAAAGAAAUUGGAGAGAAUCAAACUCUUCUGAAUAUAAUGAGAACGAAAUCGAGAUCGGAAACAAGAUCUACAUGAACUCCGGCUCACUCCUAGCUCUGGCCUUCUAUUACAUGACAAAUGAAUUGCCUUCUUUCCGUGAAAUGGCUUUUAAAUUGGUGUCAGUUUUGUCAGCGUCACUUUUUAUCCAAGAAAAAGGGUUGAAAGAAUUCGAUGAGUUUCUUUUGAAGCUGAAGAAGUUUAGAGGUAGAUUCAAGACCGAUAUGACUCAUUAUAUCUUUACAGACGCGAUUUCACUUUUGAAACUGAUUUCCAAUGAAUUGCCAUUUUUAGGAGAACAAUUCAUUGCCCAAAUGAUUGAAAUCGACAAAAGAAUCAAUCACAACUCUAACAAGAUCAUUCACGAGGAAGGCUCCAAGAGAUCAAUGACAUUUACGAAGAUAAACAGCGAACAAUUAGUUCCAAAAUUUAAUUUGGAAACAGAUAAUUUGCAAACACACGUAAGUUCAUUUAAUUUGAACCAAAACGAAAGCCAAAAAUCAUUGGCUGCAGAAUUCAUUGUUCCUUGGAUGAGUUACUUCGUUGUUCAGCCCCAAAUGAACUCCAUUUUCAUGGAUAUCCCUCAGAUCUUUAAUUGCUACACUUUCUUGAUUUUCGUUGAAGACUUGAUUUCAAUGAAUUUUUCAAUACCAAUACAAAAGAUUUUCCGCCAAAUCAUUGAGAAAGACCAUGGCGAGAAAACUGUUGACUUGUUAUUAUGCAUUGCUUUGAGACAUGUCUUUCUUGACAAUCUCAAAGAGAACGCAAUGGAAUUAAUCAGAUUUUUGUUUGCCAUUCAAUCUGAUUUAGUUUUCAAACACAUGCUCAAAUACAUCGAAUUUGAUGCAUGGCAUUUCUAUUGCAUCCAAUUAAACAAGCUUGAUUUGUUGUUUGAUUUCGAUCACGUCAUGGCUGAGAUCUCAAACAAAGCAGAAGAUGAAAUCAAAUCAACAGGAACAGUGAAUACAGAAGAUGACCAAAGUAAUGAUUAUUCUUUUAUUGUUCCUAUUGUUUUGGAUAUGAUUUAUAACUUAAUAUUGGAUGAUUUGACUCUAAUAAGAGAAUACGGAAAAAUAAUAUUGAGUUAUUCAUUCAUACAAUUCCAUUCUUUCCCUGAACAAUGUUCGAAAUUAAUCAAGCUUUUGACGUCAUUGGAAGUUCCUGACAAUUUCACAAAUUACUAUUCAGAUACAACUAAAACAAUCAUAACAAAAGUCGGCACAUGGCCACUGGAUUUAGUUGGAUCUUUGUUUAGUAAUUUGAAUGAAAACGAAGCGAGAAAAUUAUAUAAUUAUUUGUUGCCGUGGGCUGUUUCUUAUGGAAAAACUUAUAAAACACCAAUUGCAGUCAAAAUUUUGGACUCAAUUGGAAUGGAACUGGAAAAAGAUGACGUGAUUGGAUUAUGCAGAUCAAUACUAGUCAUUGCUAUUGCUCUUUAUGAAAGAACAACUCCUUCUAUUCAUGCUGCAAACAUAAAGAAAAUUACUUUCUUUGUCCAACUUUUGGAUAAUUUCGGAAAGCCUCCUUACGCUGAAUUAUAUGGAUAUUUAACUUACGCGAUCUAUUUGUUGAAGCGCUCCAAGGAAAUCACAACAAACUUGGUCUAUUUCAUCAGUGAAUUCUUGAAAUGUUCCAGUAUAGAAUAUGUUUCAAUAUUUAAUGCAGCAGCUGAUUUCAUUUUACUUGCAUUGAAUAAAAACGAAUUCAUUGAACAGAUAAAGACAUCAGAGAUGCCGAAAGACUUCGAGGGAAUCGCGCACAGGAUAUUCGCAGCAAAUCUUGAUAGUAUUGGUUUGUCGAAAUCAUUUGAAAUCAUCCAGAAAUGCAUUGAAAAUGAUUUAUUGACAUUUUUGACACCAACUGAUGAUUACAAUGUUUUGAUUGCUUCUUUGUUACCUUUCGCAAAUAUGUUUAGCCCUUCAUGUGUCACGAAAAUCGCUAAGCUAUCUAAUGAUUCAGUUCUCGAAAACUGUUUCAUUAAAAUCACAGAAAGCGACACAGAAUUGAGUGAAAACAUCGAAGCAAUUGUUUCUGGAUUAAUCACUGACGAGAAAGUUGCAUUAAAAGUUUUGCCUUUCUACGUCAAUGUCGAGAAUAAUGGAAAUGUUCGACAAAAAUUGAUAAUUUACUACGCAACAUCUUUCAUUAUUAGAUCGAUAGAUAACAUUUCUUUCAAGGAUUAUUCCAUAGGAAACAUUGCAAGAAGUGCUGUCAAAUCGAAUAUUCCUGGUUUGCAGAGAGCUGCUUCGAAUUUACUCCAAACUUUGAUGGAAGUUUCUGGAGGAGAAUUCUGUUAUUCGUCCAGUUUCAAUAUGGCCGGAAAUCCACAAUUCCCAAGCAUUUCUGAUAUCUUGAAUUUGAAACCUCAUGAAUGGAGAUGCACAACAUUAAAAUUGACACCGAUUUAUGUAACUCACGAAGGUUUCAUCGCUUGUGCUAUUUUCUCUGACUUAAGAGCUGCACUGGAACAAGUCCAGGCUCAGCCUUUCUCUGAAUGGGGAGAGAUAGAAUACAAGAUGCAGGCAGCCGUUCCUCAGGGACAAAACGAAGACAUAUCUGGAAUCAAGUCUUAUGAAGAAAUGACACAAAUUAUUAGAGCAUUGACAAGAAAUUCAAGAAAGAGUUUCAGCAAUAAAUCAAUCACCCCUGUUGAAUCUGUUUUGGUCGAAGAGAAAUUGAUUAAUGCUGUAGAUUUCGCACCAUCACCAAAAGACUUUGGACAGCUUCUUAAGGAUUUGAAUGAAGAAGAUGCUCCACCAAUAUUUUAA